AAUCAAGUUGCCUCUUGCCGCCAUUUCUCUCCUUCAAAUCUUUCACACACAGCCAAGAAGAGAAUAAAAACAUUUGAAGCCACAACUCUUUCAGGUUAUGGAUUCACAUUUCUCUCUUUCAAUUCAAGUUUCACUGUUACGGAUUUUCUUUCCAAAGUAAUAUAUAAAUUUGAUUUCACAAUAGAAUUUGCUUCUCUUUUUUUGAUAGUCACUUUAUUCGUCCAAGUGAGCGAAGAUUGAGCAUGUUACGAUUUUAGGGAUUGAUUUGUGAUUCUGAUUAAGGAGAACGCGAAGACACAUGUGGCUGCUUGCUACAGUGAUGCAGAUCGGUCUGAAUCUAUGUGUCUGCAUGUGUUAUUGCAGUUGAUGCUAACGCUAUGAACCUCCUUUUAAUAGGUUCAGAUUAUGCAUAUUAUAUUUGGAUAGAAGUCUUAUAUUGAAGGUCAAAAUGAGAUGCAAUGCGUGCUGGCGAGAAUUGGAAGGGCGAGCUGUUUCUACUACUUGUGGACACCUCUUAUGUACUGAAGAUGCAAGCAAGAUCCUUAAUAGUGAUGCAGCAUGUCCAAUCUGUGAUCAAGUGCUUUCUGAGAGCCUUAUGAAACCUGUGGAGAUCAAUCCAAAUGACGAAUGGAUAAACAUGGCAAUGGCUGGAAUAUCUCCACAAAUAUUGAUGAAAAGUUCAUACAGAAGCGUGAUGUUUUAUAUUGGGCAAAGGGAAAUUGAGAUGCAAUACAAGAUGAAUAGAGUUGUAGCUCAGUGCCGGCAGAAAUGUGAAUCUAUGCAAGAAAAGUUCACAGAAAAACUGGAGCAGCUGCAUACUGCAUAUCAGAAAGUAGCCAAAAGGUGUCAGAUGAUGGAACAAGAGAUUGAUAGUUUGUCAAAGGAUAAACAAGAGCUCGAGGAAAAAUUCUCAGAGAAAUCCAGGCAGAAGAGGAAACUUGAUGAAAUGUACGAUCAGUUGAGAAAUGAGUAUGAUUCAACGAAAAGAUCAGCCAUCCAACCAGCAAACAAUUUCUUUUCAAGAAAUGAGCCUGAUUUGUUCUCAAAUCAUGCUGCUAGCUUGAUGGAUAACAGAAACCCUGUCUGGAAAGUUGACCUAAUUCCUGCAGAUUGGACGGUUUCCACUCCUCCAACUCCAGGGCCUCGGGAGGAUAUAUGGCCUGCAAGACAGAACAGCCCUAAUUCUGGUCCUUUUGACAUCUCUGAUGGCUCACCAGCAAAACAAGCAGCCAUGCCAGUUGAUUUUGGAAAUAGAAGACCUGGUGCUGUCCAUGCCUUUGGAGCUGGGUCUGGCAACCCCACAAUGACGUUAAGGAACUUGAUUCUAUCCCCGAUAAAGCGCCCUCAGCUUUCUCGUAGCCGCCCUCAAAUGUUCACUUUGUAGCCUACAAGGCAAGGCGUGCAGUUUACCCAGACUAGUCUGGUAUAGUUGGUUCUGGUAUAGCUGUGAGAUUCCUAUGCUUUUUUUUUUUUUUUCUUUUCAUGUUUUUCAGUUAAAAAAGAAAAAAAAAAGGAUAGGAGAAAAGGGAUAAUGCAACACAAACAAGAAAGCGUAAUCCUGAUAUCAUGCAAGUGUAGAUUUUAGGUUCCUUUGCUUCCUUGUGAUCUACCUCAGGUUGAGUGACUAGCAGCAGACAUCGUGCAAGUGUAGAUGUUGGAUUUUGCGGUGAUAUAAUUAAACAGGGUACAUAGAA